AUGACGUAUAACGACAUUUGUGCGCUUUGUUUAGCAACCGAAUCGCGAUGGUUCUUGGAAGUGUUUAGUGAAGCGAACAGGACGCUUGAUAUGGCAUUCAUCAUAUCAAAACAUUUGUGGUUCGAUCUUAAACCAGCAACUAGUCCACGCGUGUGUAACGGAUGCUGGACAAGUGUACACGAUUUUCAUCUUUUCUACACCAAGCUAGAAAGCAUUCAUAGCGAGGAUGCUGAGGAGGAUGGCAACGUUAUCGAGCAAGAUGGUGAGCAACCGUGCAUGUCCCACAAUAUAACCGAUCUCAAUCCAGUUGAUGAUAUGGGCGAGCUAGAAACAACAUUUGAGACAAAGCCCGAAAUAAGUCAGCUUGGUAUAACAAGAAAACCGUCGAGCAGAAUUACGAGCAUGCCAUUAAGAUUCGAAAUCCUGUCGACUGAGGCUGCAGGGAAAGAUGAAAAGAAACAUUUUGUCGAGGUAAUUGAUUAUGCUAGCAACGAUGAGGAUUUUGAUAACGAUCACCAUUCCGAAGACAAUGCGCUCGAUGAUGAUGAUGAUGCUUUCGACGCUGACUAUAACGAUGAAUCACAGUUGAAAGAGCAAUCGCAAUACGAGGUGGUUGAGGAUGGUCCUAUACCUGAAGAGCAGCCACCAACAAAACGUCGUAGAGGCCGUCCACCAAAAGUAAAACUGGACCCUGAUGUGAGUGUAAGAGAAACACAGCAAAAGACAGCUCCAUCUGCCACUACAGAAUCAGUAAAACGACCUAGAGGUCGUCCACCGAAACAGAAACUGAACGAGCACAGUAUGGAACAGAACGAUACGGAUCACAUGAUCGACACAAAACCACCUGUUCCAACAACUUCUUCCACCGUAACGGUACCUAUAAAGCGUGGUAGAGGACGGCCACCGAAACGCUCGCUAGAAGCAACGAUAAAAAGUGAACCAGUUGACGGAACCGGUGGGCCGAUAAUCGAUAAAGCUAAACGCAAAUCGUUACGCGCCAGAGCGCCAAAGUAUGAGAGUGACAGCGAUCAAGAUUAUUCCGAUUAUGGAGAUUCCCACACAAAAAAGAAAUCCAAAAAGCGUAUGCGAAACGAUCGCGAUGAGCGUAUAUUUAAGUACGUGCAGGAAUUUUGCUGCCACUACUGUGUGGAGCAUGUGUCGUUCAAGCGCUUUAUCGAUGCAGAUCGGCAUUACAAGCUGGUGCACAAUGAGCCAGGCUUUUUGAAGUGUACCAAGUGCGAGAAGAAAUGUUACACACCCGGCAUGUUUGUAAGCCAUAUGGAAACGCACGAAGAUCCGGAAAAGAAUAAAUGUGAAAUUUGUGGAAAAAUUACCGACUGCAAUAUCUCCCUGAAGAAGCACAUGCGCGUUCAUCUUGGGCAGCUUGAGCAAGAUCUGCCAUACCCUUGCAGCCGUUGCAAACGAAAGUUCGCAUCGGAGGAACAGCGAAACAAGCACGAAAAGUUGCACGUUCCAAAGCCGCUCGUUAAGCGUGACAAGGGCCCGGAUCUGGAGUUGCUUGCCUUCUACAAACGCAUCUACUGUGAUGUGUGCGAAGAGAAGGAACCCGAUUCAACGUCGUUCGAGAAUUUCUGGGAUCUGAGGGUACACAUGGAGCAGGAGCACAACAAGGGAGCGUACCUCAAGUGCCCGAUUUGUGGCAAGCGAAAUCUAUACCGCCAGCAUCUGAUCACGCACAUCGAUUUGCAUAAUAAUCCGGAGAAAUAUCGGUGUGAAGUUUGUAAAGAAAUUUACCAAAACUUGGACUCGCACAUGAUUAAAGCGCACACGCCCACCAUAGCUAUUCCAGCGGACAAAAAGUACAAGUGUGAGCAGUGUGGCAGGAUGUUUAACUUCUUGGCAAAUUUGAAAAUGCACGUUGAUUGUGUCCAUGGUUCGAAGGAUGUACGCUGCAACGUUUGCGACAAAUACUUCAAUCUCAAGGCGUUCCGCGUGCACAAACGAACAGCACACACCGAUCAGUUGCUUAUGUGCGAACACUGUCCAAAAAUGUUUAAAACACGCGGCGCACUCGAAGUGCACAAAGCCAUUCACGACGAUAGCUUGGUACAGUUUACGACCUGCGAGUACUGCCACAAACAAAUUCGAUUGACAAACGUUAAGAAGCACAUGAUAUCGCAACACUCACAGGAUGGGCCGGUCAGUUGUGAACUGUGCGGCAAAACGUUUCGCACGAUGUUCCACAUGAAGCGACACCAGAAAAACACGUGCGAGGCAACGAUCGACUCGCGGAAGCACAAAUGUGAGGUAUGCGGUAAAGGGUUCUGUUUGAAGCUAACGAUGAUCGAGCACAUGACGACACACACGCGUACCAACAAGUAUCAGUGUGCGUUUUGCUUUAAAUCGUUCGGUUACAUUUCGAAUCUGUACAAGCACCGGAAGAAGGCUCAUCCGCUUGAAUGGCAGGAGAUACAGGCUAGGCCGGAGGAAAACAUAGCAUCAGUAAUCGUUGUAAGAAAUUAACACGU